AUGGCCCGGCUCCUGCCGGUCACCCUCGGUUACAUCAGCCUCCUCUACCUGCAGCUCCCGGGCACGCUGACCCGCUGCCGGGGCGGGAGCCGGCGGCCCGCCCCGCCCAGGGAGCCUCCAGCCCGGACCCUUUCCAGUGGCCUGCAGCCCCAGGACCCUGCACCUGGGCCUGUGAUCUGCAAACCGCGCCAGGCCCUCCAGCCACAGAGGAGCACCAACCUGCCCCCUGCUAGGGGCCAGCCUCUCCGGAAUGGUCCCCGUCGACACUCGGGUCCCCCAAGGCGCAGAGCCCAGCUCUUUCGGGUGGGCUGUGUGCUGGGCACCUGUCAGGUGCAGAACCUCAGCCACCGCCUAUGGCAGCUCAUCGCAUCGGCUGGCCCGCGGGACUCAGCCCCCAUUGACCCCAGCAACCCCCACAGCUAUGGCUGA